GUAAAUACUCCGUAGACACCCUCAUAUAUAGCCAUGUCGCCCACGAUCCUGAGCCUUGCCACCGAGUUGAAAAGCGAGUUGAAGCAGUUCCCCAACUUCCCUCAAGAGGGUAUUCUUUUCGAAGACUUCUUGCCAAUCUUCGCCAAGCCAGACUCGUUCAGAAAGCUUGUCAAGGCUUUUGAGAUGCAUUUGCAGGGCCAGGAAGUCGACUACAUUGUGGUCUUGGAGAGCAGGGGCUUUCUUUUUGGGCCUGCCUUGGCCUUGGCCUUGAACGCCGGGUUCAUUCCUGUCAGAAAGCCCGGCAAGUUGCCCGGUCCUGUUUUGUCUGCCGAGUUUGUCAAGGAGUACGGCAGUGACAAGUUUGAGCUCCAGGAGCACGUGAUUCCCAAGGAUGCCAAGGUCGUGGUGGUGGACGACAUUUUGGCCACUGGUGGGAGUGCCAGUGCCGCGGGUGAGUUGGUGGCCAAGGCUGGCGCCAAGACCGUGGAGUACCUUUUUGUCAUGGAGUUGGAUUUCUUGAAAGGCAGAGAAAAGCUCGAUGCGCCAGUGUUCACUUUGUUGAGUGGCCAGGCCGAGAAGUUGGGCAACUGAAUGUGACGGUGCCAUGUUUUUUUAUACCUAGAAAGACGUAUGAAAGAUACUUGUGAAACGGGGGAUCCCCCGUGCUUCUUCGUAGACAGGCAGAUAUUUGAUGUGCCUGAUACUUGUGCUAUAGACUCAUCCAGCCAUUGUCGGUGUACUCAAAGAUGGCAACAGCCACUGGGCCCAAAAGGCAGCUGUGUGCAGCUGAGUUCUCGGACCACUGGAGAACCCAAUGUCUGAGAAAAACA